AUGUACGAGAAAAAAAAUGCCAAAACAAUAAAACCUUUCUUCUUCAAGUUGCGCAUGAUAGACUUUCAAGAAGUCCGGUAUUCUUCACGAGCCAUCGACCUGAACUGCAUCUUGUACUUGUGCAUACAAAGAAACGUGAGGACUCAACAUUUUGAUGCUCUUAAGUUCUAUGGCGACGAAUUCAGCAAAAGAGUGUUCCAAAUGAGUGUAAAAGGUUCUGGGUUACUCUCAAUAUCAUAG